GGAUCCUUGAUCUAUCCAAGUUAAGCUCGACCCACCAAAAAAAAUUCAUGGAAAAAAGAAGAAAAAAAAGAAACGCAAAACAAGUCAAAAAUCCCAUCAUCUCCUUCAUCUCUCACCACAUAGACACAAAACCAAAAUAAAACACAGUUUUAACACUUUUGGCCAUUUGGGGAGUGUGGAACAAAUUACUCGAUCAAACUAUUCCUCCCUCCCAAAAAAUCUUCAAAGUUCUUAUUUUUCUCAGAAUAAUUUCUGGGUUUUUAAUUUUGGAAGGUUUAAACAUGGCUACAAAAGCACCACCUAUGACAGGUUUUCGGUUGGCUGCAUCAGCAUCAACUACUGCAACUGCUGCUUCUCAAACACUUUCUGUUGUUAGAGUUUCUUUGAGGUCUUCUAUUUUUGGCAACAAUGUUGGAGCAUUGAGAUUGAGUGGAGUUCAAUUAUUACAUUCUAAUAGGUCUAGAUGUAAUGGCAUUGGUGGGGGCUCUCUUGGUUCACAAAUGAACCUCUUUGAUCGAUUUGCUCGAGUUGUCAAGUCGUAUGCAAACGCAGUUUUAACCAGUUUUGAGGAUCCAGAGAAAAUUCUAGAACAGACUGUUCUUGAGAUGAAUGAAGAUUUGACCAAAAUGCGUCAGUCUACUGCACAGGUUUUGGCGUCUCAAAAGCAAUUGGAGAACAAGUGUAAAGCCGCUCAGCAGGCUUCAGACGAUUGGUAUAAACGGGCACAGCUUGCACUUAGCAAAGGGGAUGAAGAACUUGCUCGCGAAGCUUUGAAAAGGCGCAAAUCUUAUGCUGAUAAUGCCAAUGCCUUAAGGACUCAGCUUGAUCAGCAAAAGGGUGUAGUUGAAAGUCUUGUUUCAAAUACUAAGCUAUUGGAAAGCAAGAUACAAGAGGCAAAGUCAAAGAAAGACACACUCAAAGCACGUGCUCAGUCUGCAAGGACUGCUACCAAAGUAAAUGAGAUGGUGGGAAAAGUGAAUACUAGUGGUGCUCUUGCUGCAUUUGAGAAAAUGGAAGAAAAAGUGAUGGCUAUGGAAUCAGAAGCCGAUGCACUUAAUCAAUUAACCGGUGAUGAGCUUGAAGGAAAGUUUGCAUUACUGGAAGGCUCUUCUGUUGACGAGGACUUGGCUAGCUUGAAAAAGGAAUUGUCUGGGAGCUCAAAGAAAGGAGAACUCCCUCCAGGGAGAACAGCGGUUGCCAGCUCAAAUUCAAGUGCAUCGCCAUUUCGAGACACAGAAAUCGAGAACGAGCUGAAUGAGCUCCGAAGAAGAGCCAGCGAUUAUUAGAAGUUGGUUUAUUAUAGUUGUAUCAUUUACUUUGUAUAUUUUUUCUUCACUAAGCCAACUUGUGGUUUUUUGCGACGUUGUUACUAUAUUGUCAAGCUUACAGUAAUUUAGGAAGAGAAAUGCAAUUUAAUAGAGAGUAUAUGUUCAUGUUGCUAAGCUUGUGAAAUAUAACUAUUGACCUUUGUAAAUUCAACAGUGUUCCUAUUGUUUCUC